AUGGCGCCCUCUUUCGAUACUCUGCGCGACGCAGAUUUGGACGAUGAUUACGAUGAGAGCGAGAUUGAUAUUUCCGAUCUGAGGGAGCGCUUUGACGUUCAACUGACCCAAGGUUACGACACUUUUAUUGUCAUCGAUGGACUUCCGACUGUCACCGAAGAGCAGAAGCCCAAGCUCGUCAAGUUUUUGCUCAAGAAGCUCGCCGCUGCUGGAAAGACAAAGGAGGAGAAUGUCUUCAUGCCCAUGGGAGAUGAUGGAAAGUCCAUGAACUUUGCUUUCGUCGAGUUCUCAUCCCCUGCCGAGGCUGCCGCUGCCGCUCGACAACUUGACCAGGUCCCUCUCGACAAGAAGCACACCAUGAGAGUAAACAAGAUGACCGACAUUGAACGAUACGGACGUGAGGGCCGCAUCGAUGACGAGUACACCCCUCCCAAGAUCGAGCCUUUUGUCGAGAAGGAGCACCUCCGAUCCUUCGUUGCCGACCCCAGCGGUCGUGGCCGUGACCAAUUUGCCAUGCACCGUGGCGAGGCUGUCGGUAUCUUCUGGAACAACGAGAAGGACACCCCCGAGAAUGUGGUCGACAGACAACACUGGACCGAGUCCUUCAUUCAGUGGUCCACGCUCGGAACUUACCUUACAUCGGUCCACCAACAAGGUGUUCAGCUUUGGGGUGGUGAGUCCUGGUCGAGACAAAAGAGGUUCGCCCACCCAUUUGUUAACCUUCUCACGUUCUCCCCGAACGAGAAGUACCUCGUCACAUGGUCCAACAGACCCAUCUCCAUACCCGAGGAGGGCCACCCCCAGCUGUCUCUGGACGAUGAUGGCAAGAACUACAUUGUCUGGGAAGUCGAGACUGGCAAACCCCUGCGAUCCUUUGCCAAUCUCGACACUCCCGCCCCUUCUGCCGACGGAGCAGUCAAGGCUCCUCCCAAGUUCUCCUGGCCUGUCUUCAAGUGGUCCGCCGACGACAAGUACGUUGCCAGACUCAUUCCCGGCCAGUCGAUUUCGGUGUAUGAGCUUCCCCGCAUGAACCUGCUCGAUAAGACUACCAUCAAGAUCGAGGGCGUUGUAGACUUUGAGUGGGCCCCUGCUACACCGCAGCGCGAGGGCAACAAGCAGUACGAGCAGCUUUUCUGCUACUGGACGCCGGAGAUGGGCAGCAACCCCGCCAAGGUCGGUCUGAUGAGCAUACCAUCGAAGCAGGUUGUCCGAUCUCUCAACCUCUUCAGCGUCAGCGACGCCAAGCUACACUGGCAAUCCGACGCCACCUAUCUCGCUGUCAAGGUUGACCGACACUCCAAGUCAAAGAAGUCCCAAGCCACUACUCUUGAGAUCUUCCGCAUCAAGGAGAAGGGCGUCCCUGUUGAGGUUGUCGACACCAUCAAGGACACAGUCAUCAACUUUGCCUGGGAGCCAAAGGGAGACCGCUUUGUCAUCAUCACAACCACAGAGCCCGUUGGCCAGACUGCAGUGCCUCCCAAGACUACUGCAUCAUUCUUUUGUCCCGAGAAGGCCAAGGGCAACGCAAUUGGCAACUUCAAGCACCUCCGGACCAUGGACAAGAAGAACCACAACUCCAUCUUCUGGUCCCCCAAGGGUCGUUUUGUCGUCGUCGCUACGAUCGCCAACCAGCAAAGCAGUGACCUCGAUUUCUACGAUCUCGAUUUCGAGGGUGAGAAGCCCGAGAACGAGAAGGACCUAACUGCCAACCUGCAGCACAUGAACACAGCCGACCACUAUGGUAUCACAGACCUUCAGUGGGAUCCCUCCGGCCGCUACGUUGCAUCAUGGGCCUCCGUAUGGAAGCACACCAUGGAAAACGGCUACCAUGUGUACGACUUCAAGGGUGCCGUGCUGCGCGAGGAGCCGGUUGACAAGUUCAAGCAGUGGGCCUGGCGGCCACGACCGGCCACUCUCCUGACCAAGGAGGAGCAGAAGCAUAUUCGCAAGAACUUGCGCGAGUACUCCAAGGUCUUUGAUGUCGAGGACGCCGAGCGUGUUGCCGGCGCUGAUCAGGCUGUCAUUGACGAACGUCGCCGCAUUCUCUCCGAGUGGUUGGCAUGGCGCGAGAGCGUUGAGGAUGAGCUUCGCUUCGACAGAAUCGACGCCGGUCUUCCGGAGACUGAGGAGGAGGCUGCACCUAAGCUUGAGGAUGGUGAGGGUGAGGUCAUAGAGGAGAUCAUUGAGGAGGUUCUGGAAGAGACGGAGGAGAUCGUAUCGUAG